AUGCUGCCACCGGGGAGGAUUUACCUCCUGGUCUUGGCAAGUUGGCUCCCUCGUGAGUGUGGGAGGAGGUGUCUGGGCAGGGGUGGGAUAGUGGGCACGGGUGGGAUAGUGGGCACGGGUGGGAUAGUGGGCACGGGUGGGAUAGUGGGCACGGGUGGGAUAGUGGGCACGGGUGGGAUAGUGGGCACGGGUGGGAUAGUGGGCACGGGUGGGAUAGUGGGCACGGGUGGGAUAGUGGGCACGGGUGGGAUAGUGGGCACGGGUGGGAUAGUGGGCACGGUGGGCACGGGUGGGAUAGUGGGCACGGGUGGGAUAGUGGGCACGGGUGGGAUAGUGGGCACGGGUGGGAUAGUGGGCACGGGUGGGAUAGUGGGCACGGGUGGGAUAGUGGGCACGGGUGGGAUAGUGGGCACGGGUGGGAUAGUGGGCACGGGUGGGAUAGUGGGCACGGGUGGGAUAGUGGGCACGGGUGGGAUAGUGGGCACGGGUGGGAUAGUGGGCACGGGUGGGAUAGUGGGCACGGGUGGGAUAGUGGGCACGGUGGGCACGGGUGGGAUAGUGGGCACGGGUGGGAUAGUGGGCACGGGUGGGAUAGUGGGCACGGGUGGGAUAGGGUGGAUAGUGGGCACGGGUGGGAUAGUGGGCACGGGUGGGAUAGUGGGCACGGGUGGGAUAGUGGGCACGGGUGGGAUAGUGGGCACGGGUGGGAUAGUGGGCACGGGUGGGAUAGUGGGCACGGGUGGGAUAGUGGGCACGGGUGGGAUAGUGGGCACGGGUGGGAUAGUGGGCACGGGUGGGAUAGUGGGCACGGGUGGGAUAGUGGGCACGGGUGGGAUAGUGGGCACGGGUGGGAUAGUGGGCACGGGUGGGAUAGUGGGCACGGGUGGGAUAGUGGGCACGGGUGGGAUAGUGGGCACGGGUGGGAUAGUGGGCACGGGUGGGAUAGUGGGCACGGGUGGGAUAGUGGGCACGGGUGGGAUAGUGGGCACGGGUGGGAUAGUGGGCACGGGUGGGAUAGUGGGCACGGGUGGGAUAGUGGGCACGGGUGGGAUAGUGGGCACGGGUGGGAUAGUGGGCACGGGUGGGAUAGUGGGCACGGGUGGGAUAGUGGGCACGGGUGGGAUAGUGGGCACGGGUGGGAUAGUGGGCACGGGUGGGAUAGUGGGCACGGGUGGGAUAGUGGGCACGGGUGGGAUAGUGGGCACGGGUGGGAUAGUGGGCACGGGUGGGAUAGUGGGCACGGGUGGGAUAGUGGGCACGGGUGGGAUAGUGGGCACGGGUGGGAUAGUGGGCACGGGUGGGAUAGUGGGCACGGGUGGGAUAGUGGGCACGGGUGGGAUAGUGGGCACGGGUGGGAUAGUGGGCACGGGUGGGAUAGUGGGCACGGGUGGGAUAGUGGGCAGGGGUGGGAUAGUGGGCACGGGUGGGAUAGUGGGCACGGGUGGGAUAGUGGGCACGGGUGGGAUAGUGGGCACGGGUGGGAUAGUGGGCACGGGUGGGAUAGUGGGCACGGGUGGGAUAGUGGGCACGGGUGGGAUAGUGGGCACGGGUGGGAUAGUGGGCACGGGUGGCUGGGAGAUGAACCCGGGGGUGGCGUUCCUGCUGGACAUUGAUGGGAACCUGGUGGAGGCUGCACGGGGGAAGGCCUCCCUCCUGGGCUGGGGAAGCUGGCUCCCUCGUGAGUUCCAUGGCAUUGCUGUGGGAGGAUUGCCUGCUGGAGGUCAAAGGGAGAGGGGCGGGCAUGUAUGUCCCCAAGUGAGAGGAGGGGCGGGCAUGUGUGUCUCCAAGUGA